UUGUUGAAUUUAGUGUUAUGACGUACGAGUUGACGACCACCGUCCAUAUUCUAAACGUGUGAUCACAAGUCUCUAAAUUUGAAUCACGUGUUGAAUUGAACCCACUUAGAAGGAAAAUACUACUUGCAAUAUAUUUAUGACAUAGAUGAAUGCAAACUGAUAUGAUAUCUCCGGGAGGUAGCAGCAGUACAAAAUCAUCAUUUUUAAUUCUUGAAUUUGAUCCAUCAUCAUCAUCAUCCCUGUUACUGUUAGUAGAGGAAAUUUAUCCAGCAUCACUAAAAUAUAACCAUGACAGAUCAUUCUUCAAACUCAACACAAGAACAAGAACAAGGAGCCAACACGACCCUAUUUUCUCCUUACAAGAUUGCAAACUUCAACUUCUCUCAUAGGGUGGUGUUGGCACCUAUGACAAGAUGCAGAGCGUUGAAUGGGAUCCCAAACGCAGCACAUGCUCAAUACUACGCUCAAAGAUCAAGUCCUGGUGGGUUUCUCAUCACUGAAGGAACCACCAUUUCUCCUACCGCUAAUGGGUUUCCCCAUGUACCUGGAAUAUAUACAGAGGAACAAGUUGAGGCAUGGAGAAAUGUAGUGGAUGCCGUUCAUGCCAAAGGCAGCAUUAUCUUUUGUCAACUAUGGCAUGUUGGCCGUGCAUCUCAUUCUGUUUAUCAGCCUGGUGGUGCUCCACCCAUUUCGUCCACGACGAAACCUCUUUCAAAGAGGUGGAAAAUUCUUUUGCCAGAUGGUUCCUAUGGCACAUAUCCGGAGCCACGGGCACUUACCACUUCUGAGAUACCAGAAAUAGUCCAGCAUUAUCGCCAAUCAGCUAUUAAUGCAAUUCGAGCAGGUUUUGAUGGAGUUGAAAUUCACGGGGCACACGGAUAUCUGAUUGAUCAAUUCUUGAAGGAUGGAAUCAAUGAUCGAACAGAUGAAUAUGGUGGAUCAAUUGAAAAUCGAUGCAGGUUUUUAGUUCAGGUGGUUCGAGCCGUUGUUUCUGGUAUCGGAGCAGAAAGAGUCGGUGUGAGAAUUUCACCAGCAAUUGAUCACAAUGAUGCUAUGGAUUCUGACCCUCUCGGACUAGGCUUAGCAGUGAUUGAGAGACUAAACAAUCUCCAGAAAGAGCUUGGUAGAAAACUCACCUAUCUUCAUGUUACGCAACCUCGAUAUACAGCUUAUAGCAAAACUGAGUAUGACAAAAAAGAAGAGGAAAAAGAAGCUCAUUUGAUGAGGAAUUUGAGAAAAGCUUAUGAGGGAACAUUCAUGUGCAGUGGUGGAUUCACUAGGAAGUUAGGAAUGGAAGCUGUGGCUCAAGGAGAUGCUGAUUUGGUAUCUUUUGGUCGUCUUUUUAUCUCUAAUCCAGAUUUGGUCUUAAGAUUUAAGCUUAAUGCACCUCUUAACAAGUAUAACAGGAAGACAUUUUACACACAGGAUCCUGUUAUAGGCUACACUGAUUAUCCUUUCCUCAGCAAAGGAAAUGGAACUACGGAGCUAAAUGCACGCCUUUGAUUGUUGUUUCCGCUUUUUUUAUCACUAGCUAGGACACCCGUGCGUAGCACGGGGGAGCGGCGUCAUUUCAAAAUUUGAUUUUGUUAUUAUAUGUACAAUUGGAGUCUCCAAAUCUUAAGUGAAUAUUUUUAUCAUGAAUGUAAUUCCACCUAUUGUGAAUAUAAAAUUUGCAUAAUUGUACUAACAAUAGGUGAGAUUACACUUGUAGUAUAAAUUAAGAUAGGUUAAUUGCAGUUUUGGCCCCCAAGUUUCACAA